AGCAGCAACAAGGGGGAAACAGAAGAAGCUGCCAGACAGCUGAAAAUAGGGAGAGGAGACUGACAAAAUAAACACUUAAUUUCAGAGAGCAGUAAGUGUAAAUCUAUCGGAUACGAUUCUCCUGGAAACAGUCAUGUCAUCAUCAAGCUACAUUGAGUACCACGGCCUUCUCCUGCCUCAUAUAUCCCACUCUGCAGAGAGCCUGGAGUACGCCGAGAACUUCUCUGUGGAGGACACUGAUGUGUUUGCUGUCACUUACCCCAAGUCAGGUACAGUCUGGAUGCAAGAAAUCCUCCCACUGGUGCUGAAUGGAGGAGAUCUGACCCCAAUCAAUACAAUUGUAAACUGGGAUCGAGUCCCAUGGCUGGAAGAAACAAGACUGGAAAAGGUUGUGGACCAGUUGGCAUCUCCACGUGCACUGGUCUCACAUUUCACCUACAACCUCAUGCCCCCUUCCUUCCAUACCUCCAAGGCCAAGGUGAUCUAUGUCAUGAGGAACCCCAAGGAUGUCUUGGUGUCUUCAUAUUACUUCCACCAGAUGACUUCUUUCCUUGAAGAUCCAGGAACAUUUGAUGAGUUUAUGGAAAAAUUCCUAUAUGGCAGAGUGCUGUUUGGAAAAUGGACAGAUCAUAUAAAGAGCUGGAAACGUGCCAAGCUGGGAGACAGAAUCUUGUUCAUCACAUAUGAAGAAAUGGUUCAGGACCUGCCUGCAUCUAUCAAGCUUAUGUCAGACUUUCUGGGCAGUAAUCUGAGUGAAGAAGUCAUUCAGAAGGUAGCAGAACAAUGCUCUUUUAAGACCAUGAAGUCAAACUGCAUGUCCAACUUUAGCCUGGUCCCCAAGAAGUACAUGGACAACAAGAAGUCACUUUUUCUGAGGAAAGGAAUUGUUGGAGACUGGAAAAACCACUUCAACUCAGAACAACUGGCCUGGUUCACAUCUGUCCUUCUCAAAGAGCUGGAGGGAAAGAACAUCUCUCUGCCAUGGAGCCUGGAUUGACCAGCAAAGACAGAAUGAAGUGAGGAGACGAAGUGAAGACCUCCACAUUUUAGUUAAAAUUAACAUAAAUAAUAAUAAUAAUAUUAAGAACUGUAGAUAACUUUAAGAUUUAUCUAAUUUAACUCACGUGACAAAAAAAUGUUGCCUUAAUAUGCAUUAUCAUACAUAAAAAUAAUUAUGAACAAUUU